AUGGAGGAUGAUACAGCCAAUCUGGGGUUGAAUGACGAUGAGAUUAUAGCCUUGUUUCAGGAGGCGGAAGGAGAGGAGAAUGACGAUCAAGAAAACAAAGAUGUGGAAAAGCAGUUAGUCACGAAUCUGGAAAAGCUAAAGAGCCUAGCAAUUACUGCUUCUUUGCUGAAGGUGACGAAUCCCACAAAUACAGUGGUUCUCUGGCGCAUUCGAGAACUGCAGAAAUCUCAAAACGACGGCGACAGUCCAGGCUACCAUCAGUUUGUGGCUGGUUUCAUAUUAGUCCAGCAUGAUUGCUUGGCACUUCACUGUCUUGCACAUUUACAAAAUUCAUGUUUAUAA